CGUGGAGUUCACAGUGAAUGGAUUUAUCUUAACAGAUAGUCCUGCUCAGUUCAAAACAGUCACACACACACAACGCGUUCACCUUGAAAGGAUGUCUGGAGCAAAGAUCGUACUCUUCCUGCAGAGUCUGUCCCGGAGGAAACCUCUGGAGCCGGAGGGAGAGGUGUCAAACUUUCGUCGUUGUCUGACCACUUUGGACCUGGUGGCUCUCGGGGUGGGCAGCACACUGGGGGCCGGUGUGUAUGUUCUGUCCGGAGAAGUGGCCAGGACUGUGGCUGGGCCGAGCAUCAUCAUCGCUUUUCUGAUAGCAGCAGUGGCCUCAAUCUUUGCAGGACUUUGUUAUGCUGAAUUUGGAGCUCGGGUUCCCAAGACUGGCUCUGCUUAUCUGUACAGCUACGUGACUGUGGGGGAGAUAUGGGCUUUUAUCACUGGCUGGAACCUGCUGCUGUCUUAUGUUAUAGGGACAUCAAGUGUUGCCCGAGCAUGGAGCGGGACGUUUGAUGAUCUCAUUGGAAAUGUCAUUGCCAACUCUCUAGGCAAACAGGCUGCCAUGGAUUUACCAGGCUUAGCUCCUUACCCAGACUUCUUUGCAGCUGGCCUAAUAAUGCUCCUGGCAGGAAUUCUUGCAUUUGGAGUUAAAGAGUCAGCUAUUGUAAAUAAAGUUUUUACAGCAGUGAACAUCCUGGUGCUGCUGUUUGUUAUCCUUGCUGGAUUCAUUAAAGGAAACAUCGACAACUGGUACAUUGGAGAAGAAUCUCUCCUUGAUGGAUUUGAAAAUCACACAUCACUGAAUGACACCACCACAUUUGGCACCGGGGGAUUUUUCCCCUUUGGCUUUGAGGGAACAUUAGCAGGAGCAGCCACAUGCUUUUAUGCAUUUGUUGGAUUUGAUUGCAUUGCCACAACAGGAGAGGAGGUUCAAAACCCUCAGAAGUCGAUCCCGCUCGGGAUUGUGGCGUCCCUCCUCAUCUGCUUCCUGGCUUAUUUCGGCGUCUCUGCUGCUCUGACUCUGAUGAUGCCGUACUAUUUGCUCAGCGCUCACAGCCCACUGCCUGUGGCUUUCACGUACAUCGGCUGGAGCCCUGCAAAAUAUGUGGUGGCUGUGGGAUCCCUGUGUGCUCUGUCAACAAGCCUUCUAGGAUCGAUGUUUCCAAUGCCUCGCGUCCUCUUUGCCAUGGCCAGAGAUGGACUUCUCUUCAGACCUCUCAGUAAAAUGAGUGACAGACAAAGCCCUGUCAUAGCAACUCUGGCUUCAGGGGUUGUUGCAGCUAUCAUGGCACUGUUGUUUGACCUGAAGGCGCUGGUUGACAUGAUGUCAAUUGGAACCCUCUUUGCCUACACACUAGUCGCCAUAUGUAUCCUCAUAUUGAGGUAUCAAGUAGACCUCAGUGAAGAAUCAAGUUUCAGCAAAACAGAGCCUUUUACAGUGACUGGAGUCUUAUAUCCUCCUACACAAGCCUCCACACGAACAUCAAAAAAUGUGUCUUGUUUAACUAUUUUGAUCAUCUUUUUAGCUGUCAUCCUGAGCCUGCUCAUAUCUCAGACAGUGGACUCCCUGCAGGCCCAGGAGUGGUGGAGUUUACUUUGUGUCACUAUAAUCACUCUGAUGUUUGUUCUCAUCACCCUGAUCAUCUGGAGACAACCACAGAGUACAACCAAAGCUGCUUUCAUGGUUCCCUUUGUCCCAUUGCUUCCUAUUUUCAGCACCUUUGUCAAUGUCUAUCUAAUGGUCCAGCUUGGAUCUGACACAUGGAUCCGCUAUGCCGUGUGGAUGGCAGUAGGUAUAAUAAUCUACUUCUGUUAUGGUGUCCAGCACAGUGUACAGAAACAGAGGCUUCAAAAUGCACACAACCAAAUCAGUAUCCACAGCAUCAACCCCACCAUGGAGGACAACUUUGAGCCUGGACAAGAUUUGAAUCGUUGAACAUUUCUGGAACAACCGCAGAUCAAAAGAGAAAGGGGAAUGUUUGAUGGCAAAGUGUUACUACUCACAAACCUUUAUCACAGUAAAAGUGAUGGAUCAUUGGGGGCAACUGUCAUUUACAAUGAGAUCAGGUCGAAUUACAGAAACAAUUAAAAGACAGACAACAAAGAAGAUAUAAAGAAAAGAAGAACCAUUGAUUUAAGGCCUUUCAACUCCCCAGAUGGGAUCAACUCUGACAUGAGAGUCAAUGGAAUUAAAAGGCAGGAUGAAAUAGUAUAAGAUAGGCCAUAGCAGUCACAAGUCACACUUGUGUAAAACAUAACUAACUGAUUUCAAACCCUUCAAAUGUCUAAAAGAUAAAAGUGCAUUGAUGUCAAGCAGCUGCUGGAACUUGUUCCAGUAAUCAGGGGCAAAAUAAUGAAAAGCAGUCUUUUCAAGUUCUGACCUGACUCAAGGAACAUGUAAAGGUAACUGGUUUGAGGAGCUUCUCUGAGUAAUGAAGGAGUACGAAGAGGUGUGGUGAGAAUAUUCCUGUAAGAGUUUCAUAUAUGAAGUCAAAUCGUUUAUGUAAAGAGGGAACCACCCAAGUUUAGAAUGUAAGAUACAAUGAUGAGUGUUAUAAGGGUCAACGGUAACAAAGCUGUCCCCAGUCCUCUUCCUACAAAACAUUGGAGAUAUUUUUUUCCUAUACAAAUAGCCUCUUCUUCUUUUUUUUUUGCCUGACUUGAUCAAGGGAUUAUUAAUAUAAAAGUCUGUUAAUUCUAGUAACUGUGCUGUUUAAAGAAUGUUUUAAAUGUUACACUGCAAGGUGAACAGCAUCAGCAGAGCAAUUGAGCGCUGUCACCUGCACACAAAUGGGCAUAACAGUUUGACAAAGUGAAGACUAUCAUUUAUAUAAAUUGUAAAUAAAACCACACCUAAAAUUAA